AUCCCCUUUUUCUCUCUCUGCAAAACCAACUCCCAACUUAAAAAUUUAAUCAAGAGAGAGAAACUGAUACAUUGCCUUCGUUACGACACGUCGUCCCUUUAACAACCAUGAUUUCCGUGGCCUCGUUAUGCGAAGCUCAACAACCCAAUGUUUCCUCCGAACUCUCCUCCUCUCCGCCGCCCGCGAUGGCGCCAACCCAUAUCUUCCGAUCGAAAUUACCGGACAUUACAAUCCCCGACCAUCUCCCUCUUCACAGUUACUGCUUUCAGAAACUCUCUGAAGUCAAAGACCUCCCCUGUUUGAUCGUCGGCUCCACCGGAAAAUCCUAUUCCUACUCCGAAACCCAUCUCUUCUCCCGGAAAGCCGCCGCCACUUUCUCUAAACUUGGAGUUAAGAAAGGCGACGUCAUUAUGAUUCUCCUCCAGAAUUCUCCUGAAUUUAUUUUCUCUUUUAUGGGUUCCUCCAUGCUCGGCACCGUCGCCACCACCGCCAAUCCGUACUACACGGCGGCGGAGAUUUCCAAGCAGUUGAUGGCCUCCGGUGCCAAAUUUGUUGUUACUUACUCCCAAUGUGUCGCCAAGCUCCGAGAAUCCGGCGAAGAUCUCACCAUUGUCACCGUCGAUGACCCGCCGGAGAAUUGUCUGAGCUUCUCGAUGGUUUACGACGCUGAUGAGAACGACGUCCCCUUUGUUGAGAUUGACACGAACGAUGCCGUUUCGUUGCCGUUCUCCUCCGGUACGACCGGGCUCCCGAAGGGUGUGAUUUUGACUCAUAAGAACAUGGUGUCGAGUGUGGCUCAGCAGGUGGAUGGAGAAAACCCGAACUUAUAUUUAAGAAGAAACGACAUCGUUUUAUGCGUGCUACCAAUGUUUCACAUAUUCUCAUUGAGCAGCAUAGUUUUGGUAUCAAUUAGGUCAGGGGCAGCGCUGCUUUUGAUGGAAAAAUUCGAGAUCGAGUCAUUGUUACGACUAAUAGAGAAGCACGGCGUGACGGUGGCAACGGUGGUGCCGCCACUUGUGGUGGCACUAGUGAAGAACCCGAGGGCAGCGGAUUUCGACCUGAGCUCAAUUAGAAUGGUGCUUUCAGGAGCGGCGCCGCUGCGAAAGGAGCUGGAGGAGGCUCUCAUGCAGAGGCUUCCUCAAGCCAUUUUUGGUCAGGGUUAUGGGAUGACGGAAGCGGGUCCUGUGCUGAGCAUGUGCUCGGCUUUUGCAAAGGAGCCACCGAUGCCAACAAAAUCAGGGUCAUGCGGCAGAGUAGUGAGAAACUCAGACCUUAAAGUUAUUGACCCACAAACUGGUGCCUCCCUCAGUUAUAAUCAAUCAGGAGAAAUUUGUCUUCGAGGUCCUCAAGUUAUGAAAGGAUAUUUGAAUGACCCGGUGUCCACGUCACUGACAGUUGACGUGGAGGGUUGGCUUCAUACGGGUGACAUUGGUUACAUUGACGAUGAAGAUGAAAUUUUUAUUGUUGAUAGAGUGAAAGAGAUUAUUAAAUUUAAAGGUUUCCAGGUGGCACCAGCAGAGUUAGAAACUCUUCUCGUAACCCAUCCAUCUAUUGUCGAUGCCGCUGUUGUCCCGCAAAAUGAUGAUGUUGCUGGUGAAGUUCCAGUGGCUUUCGUAGUUCCGUCAACUCAUAAUGAACUUACCGAGGACGCAGUAAAAGAAUUCAUAGCAAAGCAGGUUGUGUUUUACAAGAGAUUGCAGAAAGUAUAUUUUGUGCAGACAAUUCCAAAAUCUCCGUCUGGAAAGAUUUUAAGAAAGGAACUCAAAGCCAAGCUCUCAGUGUCACCAGCAUUUUAAAAGCCACAGAGAGAGAGAGAGAUGGAGAGAGGCAGAGAGUUAUAAUUAUUGACUUUCAUGAAUGCUUGUCUAUUUGUCUAUUCAAGCAUCAUCUAUUUGUGUACUACUUUUGUCAGCUGGUAGAAUGUAGAAGUUUUCAAUUUAUUAUUAUUUUUGUUGGUCUAUAGUAAUCAUUUUGAAUAUGAGUUGCAUUUAAAACAUGGUGUGGUACAACCUUCUAUAUUAAUUUUGUGAUUUCAGUCAGAAAGUUGAUCUUUA